AUGUCCACUAAGCGCAAGUCUGACCAAAUGGACGCUACGCCUACGGGCAGUCCCACCAAGAAAAUGCGCCUCACACAACAGCAGAAGCAAGCACUUAUGGACAAUUUACAACUCGAAAUCACUGAACGAGCACGCAAGCUUCGUGCCCAAUAUGCUCUCCAGGCGAAUGACCUUCGAGCGCGCAUUGACCGACGCGUCAACCGAAUCCCAGUCUCGCUCCGAAAAGCCAACAUGGGCGAGUUACUCGAAAAGCACAAUGCCGCCUUGAACAAACAGGCCACCGCGUCGCCUUCUCGGAAAUACUCGCCCGCCAAGGUUUCGCGUAAUAUGAGUAAACCAGUGGACAUGGAAGCACGCGACGGCAGAUCUCGGAUCGGAAGCCAUGAUGGCUUGUACUCUGACAAAGAAAAUGCCCCUGCAAGUGGUGAGCCAGAGGGCCUCAAGAACCCUAAGCGUCGCGUGAAGCCAGCCGCCGCAGGCGGGGCCUCGCGCGUGGUGUCUCAAGAAGUUCGAGGCAACGAGAACCGGAUUCUGUCACCAAAGUCUAGCAACAGCCGAACCUACCCCCACUCUCCAUUCCGCGCAUCACCAGAGAAGGGUCACUCGUCGUACUUGGCUAGACCGACGUCUCCAUUGAAGCCAUCGAGCCCAUUGAGAUCGCGUGGUGCCACCGUAUCUGCGGUGAAGGACCAGCGACCUCCCUCGCAGACACAACGCACCACAAACCGUGCCGCCACAGGGCCCAAAACUACCUCUCGCUCACCCUUACCGCGUCCCGCGACCCGACAGGGCGAGCGCAAGAACAGUACCGGAUCUACAGCCUCCUCUGGUACUACGGUCAUGAAGCCUACGCGCACCGGCGCUGGUGCUCGCAAGGCAACCACAGCGUCUACUGCUGCCGCUGCUAAGAAACCAGCACCCCGCAUGCAAGCAGCGUCGGUAGCAGUCAAGAAAACUGCGAACACUGCCGCAAUGCGCAAGACUACAGCUCCGGCUGCGACCGAAACUGCAACUAGGACUCGAGCUCUGCGCAAGCGCAUCUAG